AUGAGGGUUCUCACAACGACGGGGAAAGGCGUCGGAUACUUUUUCAUCAUCGUGUCCAAAGUUGAGGCAGCAUUCAAGUGUUACACGUGCGUUGGUAUCUCCGACAAAGACAGUUGCUCCGAUGAAUUCACAAAAAGUUCAAGCUUGGAGAGUUCAUCAAAUUGCAAUGCCUGCACAAAGACAAAAACGAACGGAAUCGUAGCGAGGGUUUGCUCCCCAAUUUCACUUGGUGGGAACAAGUGUGAGGAGUCCAACGGUAUCGAGGUGUGCAUCUGUGAAAGUGAGCUCUGCAACGGCUCCAACAACCUAGCCGUAUCCAUGGUAACGCUGUUGGCUGCCACGCUCGCCGUCUACUUCGUUAAAUUUUAAUAGCUUCUUUACCCUUUCCCACUCUUGAUCAAAGUUAAAAUUGUUAUAAGCACCCAGCAUAAAACCAGAGCAACCUGCUAGUAACUCGCAUUCUAUUCAGGGUAAAGCUGUAAACUGCAUGCUGCUCAUCAGUAUCUAAGGGUCGGGAAUUAUGGCUUAAAAACUUGAAUUUAAAAAAAAGGUCUUAAGUUUAUUUCUCAUGGAUUGCACACGCGUCAAAGUGCUUGCCUGAGUGGAAAAGGUUUAAGAUUGGGACGAAUCAUUUUUGAUUUUAUGCUUUGUGGUAUACGUUUGUAAGA